AGUACUAACGAGUAAUUUAAGCUUAAAAACACAAACACCAUUAUAUGGAGUUCAAGGAAGGGUUAGAGCCAGUGAGUCCUUAUGGACACUACUUCAACAGCUCUAAACUAUCUGUAUCUGUUAUUGGUGUUUUUGAAUCGGAGGUUCCAAUCAACCUCCCCCACGUCAUGUCAUGGCUCGAGGAUGUGUUCCUCCCCAAUUUCCAUCCACGCUUCUCCUCGCUCAUGUUCACGGACGAAAAAGGUGAGAAACAAUGGAAAAGGGUUGAAGUGAAGCUUGAAGACCACGUUAACGUCCCUAUUAUCCCUACCGGUUUGACACCCACGUCGUACGAUGAAUAUCUUGACGAUUUCAUAUCAAAUAUAGCAAUGGGCAGGUUCCCACCGAACAAACCGCUGUGGGAAUUUCAUAUAUUUAACCAUCCAACAAGCAAUGCAGCUGGCACUAUCAUAAUCAAGGUUCACCAUGUGCUUGGCGAUGGCUACUCACUCAUGAGUGCGCUUCUUUCUUGUGUGAAAAGGGCUGAUAAUCCUUCACUUCCUCUGACAUUGCCUUCACGCCGAGGCACAGAACCUGCAGAAAGAGGCAAUAAAAGUGCCUGGGCAAGAGUGCCUCAAUUAUUUUCCUUGCUAUUUAACACUGCAUCCGAUUUUGGAUGGAGCGUUCUGAAGAGCACUUUGGUUGAAGAUGAUCGGACACCGAUAAGGUAUGGGAAUGAAGGCGCCGGGUAUCUGCCGAUCACGUUAUCAAGCAUGACAUUCUCCCUUGAUCUAAUGAAACACAUAAAGACAAAGCUUGGAGUGACAGUAAAUGAUAUAAUUGUUGGGCUAAUCUUCUUUGGCACCCGGUUAUGCAUGCAAGAGAUUAGCCAUAAAUCAAGCAAUGCAGAUUCAACAGCAUUGGUGUUGCUCAACACUAGGAAAGCUAGGAGCUAUAAGUCAAUCAAGGAGAUGGUCGGAGACUCAGGGGCAUCAUGGGGGAACAAAAUCGCAUUCUUGCAUGUACCAAUACCAAAGUUUAAGGAUCCUAAAUUCUCAAACCCACUUGAGUAUGUGUUGGAAGCACAAAAGAUAAUCAAGAGGAGGAGAACCUCAUUGGGUGUUUAUCUCACUGAUAGGCUUUUGGACACUCUGAAGAAACUUAGAGGUCCUGAGGCAGCAGGUAAAUAUGUCCAUGGGAUACUGUGGAACUCCAGUAUGACGAUCUCAAACAUGAUUGGACCAGCGGAACAAGUGACUAUGGCUAAUCAUCCACUUAAUGGCUUUUAUUUUAUGACACCUGGUUUAGCUCAAAAUCUUACUAUAACAAUAGUAAGUUACAGGGGAAAUCUGAGGGUUACCGCCGGAAUAGAAAGAGGAGGCUUAGAUCCCCAAAAGUUCAAAUCAUGCGUGGAAAACGCCUUUGAGAUGAUGCUCAAAGCCGCAGAUGAAGUUCCUAAACCGAAAAUGUAAACAAAUAUGUUUAAAUGAUUAAUUCCUCCCUAGGUUUGGAGGUUAUCAGGAGAUUAGGAAGAGAAUAUAUAUAUUAAAAAUAAAUCAUGACAGACCUAAGUGUUUGUCUCU